AUGGGCGAGGGUCGGGGACACCAGGUUUGUUCGAGGUGGAGCGACUUCAGCGAUGUCCCUUCGCAUGAAUUCCCGCAGCUUCUCAGCUCGGGCGGCCAGUGCCGCCGCCGAAUCAUGUCGAUGAGUCCAAAGCACACGACUCCGUUCUCAGUGUCUGACAUCUUGAGUCCCCUGGAGGAAAGCUACAAGAAAGUGGGCAUGGAGGGCGGCGGCCUCGGGGCUCCGCUGGCGGCUUACAGGCAGGGCCAGGCGGCACCGCCGGCCGCGGCCAUGCAGCAGCACGCCGUGGGGCACCACGGCGCAGUCACCGCCGCCUACCACAUGACGGCGGCGGGGGUGCCCCAGCUCUCGCACUCCGCCGUGGGGGGCUACUGCAACGGCAACCUGGGCAACAUGAGCGAGCUGCCGCCGUACCAGGACACCAUGCGGAACAGCGCCUCGGGCCCCGGAUGGUACGGCGCCAACCCAGACCCGCGCUUCCCCGCCAUCUCCCGCUUCAUGGGCCCGGCGAGCGGCAUGAACAUGAGCGGCAUGGGCGGCCUGGGCUCUCUGGGGGACGUGAGCAAGAAUAUGGCCCCGCUGCCAAGCGCACCGCGCCGGAAGCGCCGGGUGCUCUUCUCCCAGGCGCAGGUGUAUGAGCUGGAGCGACGCUUCAAGCAACAGAAGUACCUGUCCGCGCCGGAGCGCGAGCACCUGGCCAGCAUGAUCCACCUGACACCCACGCAGGUCAAGAUCUGGUUCCAGAACCACCGCUACAAGAUGAAGCGCCAAGCCAAGGACAAGGCGGCCCAGCAGCAACUGCAGCAGGACAGCGGCGGCGGCGGCGGCGGCGCGGGGUGCCAGCAGCAGCAGCAGCAAGCGCAGCAGCAGUCCCCGCGCCGCGUGGCCGUGCCGGUCCUGGUGAAAGACGGCAAACCCUGCCAGGCGGGCGCCCCCGCUCCGGGCGCCGCCAGCUUGCAAGGCCACGCGCAGCAGCAGGCGCAGCAGCAGGCGCAGGCCGCUCAGGCUGCCGCGGCAGCUAUCUCGGUGGGCAGCGGUGGCCCCGGCCUGGGAGCCCACCCGGGCCACCAGCCGGGCAGCGCGGGCCAGUCUCCGGACCUGGCGCACCACGCCGCCAGCCCCGCGGCGCUGCAGGGCCAGGUUUCCAGCCUGCCCCACCUGAACUCCUCGGGCUCGGACUACGGCACCAUGUCCUGCUCCACCUUGCUAUACGGUCGGACCUGGUGA